GACAGUCCUACUGGCAACACCACCAUUUUCUUUGUCACCUUUUGCACCCGUGUGGUAAAUUCGUAAAUUCUGUGAUCAAAAACCAUCCUAUAAAGCAGUGAAAAUGGAAAUGUCCUUGAAUCCCGUGCGUGUGCUCAAGAACGAGGCACAGGAGGAGAAGGCCGAGAUGGCCCGCUUGUCCUCGUUCAUUGGUGCCAUCGCCAUCGGGGAUCUGGUCAAAAGCACCCUCGGACCAAAGGGAAUGGACAAGAUUCUGGUCGCCACCGGACGCAAUGCCGGCCAAGUGGAAGUGACCAACGAUGGAGCCACUAUUCUUCGUGCUGUGGGCGUUGACAAUCCGGCCGCCAAGAUCCUGGUCGACAUGUCGCGUGUGCAGGACGAGGAGGUGGGUGACGGCACCACCUCGGUCACAGUGCUGGCCAGCGAGCUGCUGCGUGAGGCAGAGAAGUUGGUGGAACAGAAGCUGCAUCCGCAGACCAUCGUCGCCGGUUGGCGUCUGGCCACUCAGGUUGCCUUGGAGGCCCUCACUGCUGCCGCCCAGGACAACUCUGCCAGCGACGAGAAGUUCAAGAACGAUUUGUUGAACAUCGCCCGCACCACGCUCUCUUCUAAGAUUCUGCAUCAGCACAAGGACUUCUUUGCCAAUCUGGCCGUCGACGCAGUUCUGCGUCUCAAGGGCUCCGGCGAACUGAAGUCCAUUCAGAUUAUCAAGAAGUCCGGCGGCACCCUGGGUGAUUCGUUCCUGGAUGAGGGCUUCCUGCUGGACAAGAAGCCAGGCGUGCACCAGCCUCAGCGCAUUGAGAAGGCCAAGAUCCUCAUUGCCAACACGCCGAUGGACACCGACAAGAUCAAGGUCUUCGGCAGCAGCAUCAAGGUGGACUCUCUGGCCAAAAUUGCCGACCUAGAGAUGGCCGAGAAGGAAAAGAUGAAGGAGAAGGUCGAUAAGAUCCUCAAGCACCAGUGCAACGUGUUCAUCAACCGUCAGCUCAUCUACAACUACCCGGAGCAGCUUUUCGCCGACGCCCAGGUGAUGUCCAUUGAGCACGCUGACUUUGACGGCAUCGAGCGCCUGGCCUACUGCACAGGUGGCGAGAUUGUGUCCACCUUCGAAAAUCCCUCGCUGGUCAAGCUGGGCGAGUGCGACCUGAUCGAGCAGGUGAUGAUUGGCGAGGACACCCUUCUCCGCUUCAGCGGCGUCAAGCUGGGCGAGGCCUGCACCAUUGUGAUUCGCGGUGCCACCCAACAGAUCCUGGACGAGGCUGACCGCUCGCUCCACGACGCCCUGUGCGUCCUGGCUGCCACCGUGAAGGAGUCGCGCAUCAUCUAUGGCGGCGGCUGCUCCGAGGCUCUUAUGGCCACAGCCGUUUUGAAGAAGGCGGCCGAGACGCCCGGCAAGGAGGCCAUUGCCAUUGAAGCCUUUGCCCGUGCCCUUCUGGCCCUGCCCACAGCGAUCGCCGACAACGCUGGUUACGAUUCAGCUCAACUGAUCUCGGAACUCCGCGCCGGACAUGCCCAGGGCCAGCACCAGCUGGGUCUCGACAUGGAGCAGGGCAAGGUGGCCGAUGUCCGCGAACUGGGCAUCACUGAGUCCUUUGCCGUGAAGCGCCAGGUCCUGAUGUCCGCUUCCGAAGCUGCCGAGAUGAUCCUGCGCGUCGACAACAUUAUCAGGUGCGCCCCGCGCCGACGUGUUCCCGACAGGGGCUACUGCUAAGCGAUAAAGUAUUCUCGUUCUAGGAUUCUAUUUUUUUUUAAAUUCCCAACUCGUUUAACUUAAUUGCUAAACAAAUAUGUUUUGUUUACUAACAAAAAAAAAAAAAGAAAAGCAUUUCUGUUCACAUCCACAACACAAUCACAUACUGCAUUUGCUCCACACUUCACAUUUUCUCGCAAAACUAUCUCUUUGUGUGAUUUCCUUUUCCCUAAUCAUUAAUGAAGCUAAUGUACCAGCAGACACUGUAAGAACACAUUUCGAAAAUGUCUAAACAUUAAAACUUCAGCAAGAAGCAAAACGAACUAAGCUUAUUGUUAAUAAAUGCAAUUUUUGUAAACAUCUGUUGCGAAAAUAUAAGUUUAACAAAACCGUAAAACGUCAACCAAAACCCCAAGACAAAUCAAUGAUAUUUAUGCCUAACAAAAAUAAAAUUUUUAACAUACA